AUGGUAUGGGCUCAGAUGCUGCCUGGGAAGAGGAAGUGGCUGGGACUGCAGCACUCCUCUGUGGCACUCACACCCAGAGCAGCAGAGGAGCCACACGAACAUGCCAAUCAAAACCACAAUGAGGAAUUGCUCCCUGGUCCCUACAUCAAAUGGUUUCUGGAGAAGUUAAAGCCUGAAGGUCUCCACCAGCUCCUGGCUGGCUUUGAGGACAAAUCAGCCUAUGCACUCUGCACCUUUGCUCUCAGCACUGGGGACCCAAGCAAUCCUGUGCUUUUGUUCAGGGGCCGAACCUCGGGCCAGAUUGUGGUGCCCCGAGGCUGCCGAGACUUUGGCUGGGACCCAUGCUUUCAGCCUGAUGGAUAUGAGCAAACGUAUGCCGAGAUGCCCAAGGUGGAGAAGAAUGCCAUCUCCCAUCGCUUCCGGGCCCUGUUGGAACUACAGGAGUACUUUGGCAGUGUGACUUCUGGGCCUGGAGGAGACCACUCAGGCCGGGAGACUGGGGAGAGCUAGCCUGAAACCUCCUGGGUCAGGCAAGCAUCCCUCCAAGGACAUCCAUCAGGAGGUUCUCCUUGGUGGGGGUGUCAGGCAGCCUCACCAGCCUGAUCUGGAAGAACAGCUAGUUCUGCUUAGAGGGACU